AGGGGAGAGAAAGAUAAGACUUUUCGCUUGGCAGCUCAUCCCCAGCAUCAGCUGCUUCCACGUCCUUCUCAACUAGACUACAGGUCUACCGGACCAACCUCCACCAUCCCAGAAUUCUUUUAUUUAUAAUCUGUAGGUAUUGCGUUUGUAUAUGCACACACAUUCGUUCGUUCGUGCGUAUCAUUUUCUUCUCCGACUGUGAUUUUGCUUUCAUUGUCCACAAAAUCCCACCUUUUCUCCCAUUGAAAAAAGCCCAUUACCAUGGCGUGCGCGAUUGGGAACUCUAACGGCGAGGUCGUCGACCGUGAAACCGAUGCCGUUUUGGGAUCCUACGCCCAGCGCGAGAAGCUCAUUAUCGACACUGAUCCCGGCAUCGAUGAUAGUAUGGCGAUCUUCAUGGCAUUUCAAUCUCUGGAGUUGGAGAUCUUGGGCUUGACAACAAUAUUCGGCAAUGUCCAAACAGAAGUUGCCACCCGUAAUGCUUUGCUUCUGUGUGAGAUAGCAGGGUGUCCAGGUGUUCCAGUGGCAGAGGGCAGCCCCGAGCCUCUGAAGGGGGGAAGACCACGUAUUGCUGAUUUUGUGCACGGUUCUGAUGGGUUGGGGAACACAUUUCUACCUCCUCCAAAAGCAAAGAAAAUUGAGCAGAGUGCUUCUGAGUUUUUGGUUCACAAGGUCUCUGAAUAUCCUGGUGAGGUAUCUAUACUUGCGCUUGGACCUCUCACAAACUUAGCUUUGGCAAUCAAGAGGGACUCUUCCUUUGCAAGCAAGGUAAAGAGAGUGGUCGUACUUGGUGGAGCUUUCUUUGCAUUGGGUAACGUAAAUCCUGCUGCUGAAGCGAAUAUCUAUGGAGACCCAGAAGCAGCAGAUGUUGUGUUCACCUCUGGGGCAAAUAUUGUUGUUGUUGGAAUAAACAUUACAACCCAAGUCAAAUUUACAGAUGCUGACCUGCUUGAAUUGAGGCAAUCGAAGGGAAAGCAUGCUCAAUUCCUAAGUGAUAUUUGCAAGUUUUACCGAGAUUGGCAUGUGAAGUCUGAUGGUGUCUACGGAAUUUUCCUUCAUGAUCCCGUCAGUUUUGUGGCACUAGUCCGUCCUGAUCUCUUUACAUACAAGAAGGGGGUUGUGAGAGUCGAGACACAGGGCAUCUGUGUAGGGCAUACGCUUAUGGAUCAAGGACUAAAAGUAUGGAACACAAGCAACCCAUGGUCAGGCUAUUCCCCUGCGUCAGUUGCUUGGACUGUCAAUGUGGAGGAAGUUGUUGAUUAUGUCAGAAAAUUGUUGAUGAAACCAUGAAGCCACGGGAAUAUGUGCUGCUAUUACAGAAAGAUGUUAAAAGACUAAAAAUGAAGGUUGGGGUGCCGCUUAUGAAAAUUCAUUGGUGGCUUCUUUCAUUAUUUUAAAUGGAAACCUAAGUCUUGAGUGUUCAACUCGUAAAAGUUGGUGAAAUUGUGAACUGCUGGAUGGUGAAUUCCUUUAUGCAUAAGGCUGCAUCUCUCUUCA